CUCUAAAUGGAGAAUAAAUAAAAUUUCAACAACUGUUUUUUCGCGGCCAAGAAGUUUCUGAAAGGGAAAUACGACCAUUAUUGGAAGAAUCGGACGCGAAUAGGGAUUACAGUAUCUUAUUCUUCCGUCUAAGAAGCCGGUGGAGGCUGGAAAAGGAGAGAAAAGAUGGCGUCCCUCAGUUCCUACCUUCCCUCCCCGGGUAAAGUGUCUUGGAGGCUGGACACGACUCCCAACGACGUUGCCGAGGGAAACAAAGUCCGUCACGUGAUGAUUCGGAGCGCUGAAGUCUGGGAGAAGCCCAGUCCUCACGUUAUGUAUAAAGUCGAAGUGGUAACGGAGUACAAUCAGUGGUAUCUCCACAGACGUUACAGUGAAUUCCACACUCUCCAUAGAAAGCUGAUGAAGCUUCAUGCUGUCCACCGCGACCUGUUGCCACCCAAGCGUUACCACGGAAACCUCAGUAAACAGCUCAUCGACCAGAGGAGGCUCCAAUUAGAAACAUAUCUCCACAGACUUAUUCACAGUGAAGCAAGGAUAUCCCAGUCAACUGAACUCCAAACCUUUCUCGAUGUGCCUUCUCACGAUAUCGUAAAGAUCACCGACUUCCUGGCGAGACACCUCCAUCGCCAUGGAGACGAGUUGCUGAUGCAAGCAAAGCCGGUUGCCCUGAGUGUGAACGAGAUGUUCAGUAUCACCAAACGGCUGAAGCUGCCUUUUGACGCCUCGGGAGUUGACACGUCAGACCCCCGCGGCAGAUCCGGCCAACCUGUACAGUUUCCUGCAUCAUCUCCACUCACUGCGGGUCUGUCUCCCUCCACCUCCCGUGUCCGUCUGCUGCAUGCCCUUCGACCUCUCUCACUUCAGAUCUCUCACGACUCUCAAGAUCGACAGAGUCCCAUUGUCGCAGGUCAAAGGUCUCCUCUCCAUUCAACAACAGAUAACGAAACUAUCGGCUCUGAGAUGUGUCAGAACUAUCAGGGAACUAAUCAUUGAGAAUGUGGAGGAAAAAAGAUGUGGAGGUUUAUAUACACAUACAUACACAACUUGGUAGCGAGGUAGAAAGGCAAGGCAAGGCAAACAAGUCAACUACACCCAGGACAGCUCUUUCUUUUCAAAGAAAAGAAGAAGAGUUGCCCUGGGUGGGAUUCGAACCCACGACACUCUGCAGUCUAGGCGAGCGCUCUACCAACUGAGCUACCACGGCAACUCACACAACACAACACAACACAAGGCAAACCUCAAUCACUUAGCUAUGGCACAGUAUACUCUCACUCACUCACAUACAUACACACUAAUAGUACAGUUAAACCUCGAAUUCUCCCAUUUUGAUAACCUGAUCAGUUCACCUGACUACAGGUAGUCCCAUACUGAGACCAAGGAGUGGGUCUGGAGUCGAAAAAUGGCGGGUCACUGCCAUGGCAAAACUCACCGAAAACAGGAUGGUGGUCCAGCCAUGGCACUCUCUACAGAUACUGAAUCUCUCCCACAAUAAGGUCACCCACUUGGACGACUCCUUGCAAGUGCUACCUGUCCUUAGAGAGCUAAAUCUCAGUCACAACACCAUUCAGCUGCUGGAGGUCCAAUUCCUCUGCCUACCUUCACUGCAGAAACUCAACCUCGCCCAUAAUGCCAUCAAGAGAAUCAUCGAUGGAAAAAAUGUCCUGGAGACGGUGACCUCGUUGAACCUGUCUCAUAACAGGUUACACUCGCUCGACGGGCUGUCGGCGUUUGUCUCCGUAACGGCACUAAACCUGAACUACAACCUGGUCGGGUCCAAAAAGGAUCUUCAUCGAAUCAUGAAACUCCGACAGUUAAACACCCUUUGUCUUCAAGGUAAUCCAAUCAGCAGUUCACAAAGUUCGAGACUUCUGCUGCUGGCGCAGUUUCUUCACAAGUCCAGAGACAUCCAACUUGAUGGUGAAGCCAUUUCUGAACGAGAACAGUCAAAGAUUACUUCGUACAAAAAUCGCUAUGGCGACGACCCUGACGAGUGGCCCCUGGUUCAAUCGGUCAUUAGACAACCAGACAGCAGUUCCCAUAGCAACAGCAGCAGCGGCGAUGCCGGAGCCGAUGACGAAUCGGAUCCCUUCGCUGAAUCGAGACCACGCCCACUAUCAGAUGCCAGAGGUCAAAGGUCGAACAUGAUGUCUAAUACUGACGAUUCUAGUGAUACAAGUUGCCCAAAUAUGGAAAUAUCUUGGCAGAUCCAUGCCCCAGGCGACUAUAGAGGGUCCCCCAUAUCACGACUGAGUAGAGACAGGGUCGAAAAACCACCACCAUCAUCAUCAUCGUGUCGUACCUCCUCUCUGCCUAGUACUACUACUGGUAGGGAUUGGGGAGGUUGUGAUGGCGGGCUGACUUCGUCUGUGGAAUCUUCCGUGGUGGCACAGUCGCUGAUAUCACCGAGUCUGUUGGCCUCUCAACUUCAUCAGGGUAAAAAUAUGUUCCCUGAUGAAACUGCUGAAGAGAGAUAUGCGAUCGGGAGUCUGUCCCACUCUGAAUUCACCGCGUCUCUUUCGAUGAGAGACGAGCCUCUGUCGGCGUUGGUUAGGGACGAACCGGACGGGCAAUCGGAAAAUAGCGAAGUUACGCCAGCCUUCUGGAUUACGGCAUACUGUAACUGGGGCCAGCGAUCCUCCCUCUCUCUCUAUCACCACGCCUCCACCCACACCACUCACCAUCAACGGAACUCACCAUCCAAAACCACAGGCAUCUCCCUCAAUGAUACGAGCUGCACUCGAAGCUCUCCAGCAAAUCGAGGACAAGCAACGACCUCUAUCUUUAACCCCUAACGAGCCGACGACCGGGGGAGGGGUUGCCGUGACGACACCAGUCCUCCCCGAAGCCGUGACCUCUGCACUCACCGCGUGGAUAAGUCGUCAGAAUUCCUCUGCCAGCGCCACGGCAACGCCCCUAAUGUCCCCACCUCCCUCCACCCCUCUAGAGACGAGUUUGGAGUACCAGCCCUGUCGUCCGAUUUCCGCCUCAGAUCUUAUCGCCGCUCUCUCCUCCCUCAUCCCCACGGCAACCGUCUCCAUGGCGACGAACUCUCUGUCGCCGUUGACCUCUUCGCAGGAGAUUCUGUCGGCGUCGGCAUCCGACGUGGCGGUGAAGGGGGGAGAGGGGGAGGAGGGGGAGGGGGGAGGAGUGAAGCAGAAUGUCCGAGAGCUGUCUAACCCUUGUACCGUUCCGUCUACCACGCCUCAGGAAGGACUGGAGGGAUGGAUAAGACUGGGCAUUAGACCAGAAGAUGUGAUACAGGCUCUGUCGGCGCUCACGAUCCAGGAACCUCACCGUGCCAAGUUUGAGGAAAGUUUCUCAACGCUCUCUCCCAUUACUGAAGAGAGGCCAAAAUUUCCUUUGGAACCGGCGUCUGGGGGUUUGGGAAUGG